ACAAGUUGUUUCCAAUUAUUUUCUAUCUUUCCGUUAAAGAAAUGAAGGCCACCUUGUCCUUCAUGUUACUUCUUUGAUAUAAACCAAAGCUAUUACCCUUUAUCUUCCAAAGUACCCAUCUCUCUAUCCUGACACAAACACAUAUACAACAGAACAACCUUAUUACUUUCAUUUCUUUCUUUCUUCUCUCUCACACAUGAAGAAGCUUUGUCCAAAUCUUGAUCGAGAGGACGGUCUCGAAACGGUGCUGGAGGUUCCGAUCCCGGAAGAGAUUCUUACGCACAAAGGGGGAGCCAUAAGAGCAUCAUGGCAGAACAUGAAGUCAUGGAUGAAGCAGCCAUUAUCAUCAAAUAGCAAUAAUGGAGAAUCAAGAUCGUCAUCCAUGGCUACAGCUUUUGGAGGAAGGAACACAGAGUUGCAGCUUUUGUUGGGUGUUGUAGGAGCGCCAUUAAUCCCUUCACCUAUCUCCUCUGACAACAACCCCAUCACUCGACCCAUUAAAGAUCAACGCAUUGAGGCAUCGAUGGCAAAAUACAUAGUGAAGCAGUACGUGGCGGCGGUGGGGGGAGAGCGUGCGGUGAAUUCAGUGGAGAGUAUGUAUGCAAUGGGGCAGGUGAGGAUGGCGACGACGGAGUUUUCGACGGCGGGGGAAGGGAGUAAUAAAGGAAACAAAAAUAAUAAGAAGAUAAUGAAGAUGAAGAAGUUGGAGACAAAGGGGAAGAUGGGGGGUUUUGUUAUGUGGCAGAAGAGUCCAGAGCUCUGGUGCUUGGAGCUUGUGGUAUCAGGGUGCAAGAUCAGUGCUGGUAGUGAUGGCAAAGUAGCAUGGAGGCAAACACCUUGGCACCAUUCUCACGCUUCUCGAGGCCCGCCACGCCCUCUUCGCCGUUUUCUACAGGGUCUUGAUCCAAGGUCCACAGCAAAUCUGUUCAGCAACUCCAUAUGCAUUGGAGAGAAGACAGUGAACAUGGAGGACUGUUUCAUACUUCGACACGAAGCUGAGACGUCGGCGCUGCAAGCACGAAGUAACAGAAACGUGGAGAUAGUACGGCACACCGUGUGGGGCUACUUCAGCCAAAGAACAGGCCUCUUGGUGCAGCUAGAGGACUCACACCUUCUCAAACUCAAGACCUCAGCAACAGAAACCAUAUACUGGGAAACCAACAUGGAGUCCCUCAUACAAGACUACAGAGCCAUCGAUGCCGUCCAGAUAGCGCACUGUGGGACGACACAGGUGUCAUUGUUCCGGUUUGGUGAGGGACCUGAGACGCAUUCGAGGACAAGGAUGGAAGAGAGUUGGCAGGUUGAGGAAGUUGACUUUAAUGUUCAAGGCUUGUCCUUAGAUUGUUUCUUGCCACCAAGUGACUUGAGGAGGGAGGAGCAUGGCAGUGAAGAUGGUUGUGGUGGUGGCAGGGUGGUUGCUACCGGAAAUUCCAAGUUGCCAUACAAGAUUCGCUCGGCUUCUUUUAGGAUCAGCACUUCCAAAGUGGCGGCAGUUAACAUGGAUGAUGAUUCUUGCACCAGUGAUGAUGAGAGUAAUGAAGAAGAGUUGUAAAUUUUGUAAAUAGACUUGUCCUCAUUGGUACAUUGUUGCAACAUAUAUAGGAUAGGAAUGUGGCAAUAUGCAAUAAUCAAUGGGGAUAUUUUUUUCUUUAAUUUUUUUUCCUUUUCUUUUUUGUCAAUUCAGUGAAACUUAGAGAUUAGAGAAACUGAAGAUACAGAAGCCAAUGUUCUAAUAUCAUUUUCUGAAA